GGGAAGGGGGUAGUGCGGCUGUCUGUGCUGGAGCUCCGGGCCCGGCAAUGGCGACCGAGGUGGAGUCGUCGCUGGAGCUGAGCUUGUCGACCAGCGGCACAGAGCCCGGGACGCUGCCCCCUCCGCGCUCCCGCAUUUUCAAAAUCAUCGUCAUCGGCGACUCGAACGUGGGCAAAACAUGCCUCACUUUCCGCUUCUGCGCUGGCCGCUUCCCGACGCGCACCGAGGCCACGAUCGGGGUGGAUUUCCGCGAGCGCGCCGUCGCCAUCGACGGGGAGCGAAUUAAGAUCCAGCUCUGGGAUACAGCAGGGCAAGAGCGAUUCAGGAAGAGCAUGGUUCAACACUAUUAUAGGAACGUACAUGCUGUCGUGUUUGUGUAUGAUAUGACAAACAUUGCAAGUUUUCAUAGUUUGCCAUUGUGGAUCGAGGAGUGCAAGCAACAUUUGUUCACCAAUGACAUACCGCGGAUAUUGGUUGGAAAUAAAUGUGAUUUGAGAAGUGCAAUUCAGAUCCUGAAGACGUGAUAGAUCAGCUUCAAUUCAAUCCCGGAAAUCUCCUGAAUCUGUGCCUGGGGGGAACCAAGGCUGAUGGUGGUAAGGAUGGAGGUAUACAAUUUGUAAUCCGUGUUGAGUAAGGAUAUUGGGCAAUAAGCCCUAGGGUCCGUGGUGUCUUUAUCCUUUUUUGGCAGUAAGAUCACAUUUGCAGCCAUCCAGGAUUCCAGCAGUCGUCCCUCUGUUAAUACCUGAUUGAAGGUAUUCACUAGCGGUUGUGU